AUGCAAAGCAAGAAAUAUGGAUGCUUUUUAAAUAUUUAGAAAAUAAUUCUGUUGUUUUCUACACUUAUUUUUUCAGUAAAUUCAGAAAUAAGUAGAAGAAAUGAUAAAUUUUAAUGUCUGGUGAGAUUAGAUUAAUAUUAAUAUAGUCUUUAUUUAUUAGAUAAAUAAGGUGGCUUAAAUGCUAAGUUAAAUGAUGUGAACAUAAAUAUAAUGUUUUGCAAUUCUCUAAAUAAAAAUUUGACAUGUGAUAAUGAUCAUAAUAUUUAUAAUGAAUAUGCUUCGAUAAAAACUAGCUAAAAUUGCGAAUAUUUGUAUGUUUCUAAAUAUGAAAAAAUAAAUGAAUAAAAUGCAGAAAAAGGAAUUUAGAUUUAUUUAGAAGGAAAGUCUGGUACAAAAGUUCUAGUAAAGCUAAACUGCGAUUUAAGAAGUGAUUUAAAAAACGUAGAAAUUGUAAGUAAAAAUCAGGACAGCUAUGAAAUAUCUGCCACAACAUUAAAUGCCUGUCCAUCUAUUGAUAUUUCAUAUCCUUGGGGAUACUUUGAGGACAACUCUGAAUUGUUUUCGGCUAUUUUUAUGAUUUUAGGAAUGGCAUUACUGUUCGAAUUAAAAGAAACUGAUUUUAUCAUGAAAGUCACACUGAGCAUAUUAUUAGGACUAAUAAUUACAACAAUCAUAUACUAAUAAAAUUAUGUUGGAAACUCAUGGAUGAGCUCAAUAGAAAUAUUUAGAUUUUCUCUUGGUAUAGGACUUUGCACUUGUGCAUUUAUAUUUGCCUUUAAAGACCUUUCUUUUUUUAUAAAUGGCGCUUUUAUUGGAUACCUUAUUAAUCUAGCUUUAUUUAAUUUGAUUUAUGGUAACAGAGACAAAUACUUUUUCACCUUUUAUCAACUUGAAUUGUGGAUUAUCACAAUAUUUGGUAUUCUUAACAUAGUCUUUCAGGAAUAAAUGACAAUUACAGGCUACAAAUUCUUUAGUGCUGUUGCUCUACAAUUAAGUGUAGAUUUAAUGGGAACUUAAUAUGAGUACAUGAACCUAUUUAAAGGAGGAAAGGAGUUGAAAAAUGAUGAUAACAAGUAUUUGUAUAUAAUUAACACCUGUUUUAUAUUCUUGAUUGGGGUUAUCUUAUAAAAGUUGCUUAAGAAAUGA